CAGGUCUUUUGGCAAAAAGAUAUGAGGAGCAUAGCAAUUUAGCUUACCAAGUUCAUCCACUUCCUGACCAAAUCCUGGAUUACGUUUGGGAUUAUGGUGUAUUAAAACCAUCAGAUGAAAAAAUCUAUAUUAAUAUUAUGGUUAAGAAAUAUUUGGAGGAAGAAAGAUUAACAUCCAAAUUAUUCUCUGAAUUGUUAUUUGCUUCACAAGAAUUUAUUCGAUCUCAUGAAGGUGCUCAUAGUGUUAGUUUACGAGAUGUAAAACGUGCUAUUACUCUUGUUAAACAUUUUCACAAGACACUAAUUAAACGUCCACGUCCUAAUCCACGUCCUCAUCGUUCCUACCCUCAAUAUCCUUCUCCACUUCAUGGAAUGGAAAAAGAGUUUGAAGAACAAGAUUUAAUUGAUACAGCAGAUAGAUUAUUUGAAAAUAAUAAAGCAUGGUCAAAACGUUUUAAUUUUCUUAGUUUUAAUUUUAAGAAAGCAAAACUGGAGGCAUUGGCUAACUCUUAUUUAGAGUAUGAAAAAAAACAACCUAUUGAUAAUUUUCAUGGACUUCGAGAUUAUUAUUCGUUGCUUACACCCGAAUCCAUAAAAAUGGCACUAGCAAGGAAUUUUGGUGGAACAAACCAAAUGGACAAAUUGUAUGAUGAGCAUUUUGUCAAUGUUUUAAAAGCAUUUAAUGCGACCAAUCAAAAUCAAAUUCAAUUUUCUGCUGAAGACCUUAUCAAAGCAAACCUUAAAGAUAAGAAUGCUAGGCAUCUAAUGUUAAUUGGUAAAAGUGAUUCCAUUGUCAAUAUUUUGACAUAUAAAUUGAGAUAUUGGAAUGAGGAGCUUUCGGAAAGAAACGACCUUGAUGCUAUUGAUAAUGUGACAUCUUGGGAUCUAGAACCUGUAGUAAUUUAUGGAAGUCAGUUUCCUGACGAUCGUGAUGACGAUUAUCAAUAUGGAGUAUUGA